AACCUCUCAGUAUAUAAUUCUCAUAUUCAGACAUCCCCCACCCAGCCGCCACCCCUCUCCUCUCGCUCUCUGUUCGGCUCACCAGCAGAUCCACUUAAUCCGGCCGGCACCACCCCCGCAUCCCGGACGGCCAGGCGCCGACCCCGCCUCCCCCGAGCUGGGUGCCGCCCCUGGCCCCUGGCUCCUGGCUCCCUGAGCACCCCACGCAGACACCCAGCCUCCACCGAGGCCCAGAUCCGGGCGAUGCCCCGCGCGACCCUGCUUCCUUGAGGGCCGGGCGUGGACCCGCCUCUUCUGAGCCGGGCGCCGCCCCCACCGGCCGCUGCCGCCUGCACGCUGCGGGGGAUGCCGCCGACCGCCGACGCCGCCUGUACACCGUCGCGGGAUGCCGCCGACCCCCGCCUCCUGCACGCCGUCGGGGGACUCCGCCGGAGGCCAUCUCCAGAUGCCGGCCACUGUCUCCACAUCGAUGCCCCCCAACUGGAGACCUACCCCGAGUUCUCCUCCCUCGAAAUCUUCCCGUAUAUCCCCUCUCGCUGUGAAGCACGACAUGCACAGGCAAUGUAUGCUGAUUUUGGAAAAGAACCGCCUGCAGAGCUGCUGUCCCGUCUAGAAAAUAUUGAUGCACGUCGUCAACAGGCUGUUUGCUCAUCACAUGGAGGCUCUCACUCAGUUGAUAGGCGCGAUGAAAGCGACGAUGAUGACACUUACAAUGAAAGCGAUGCCGACAAUGACGACGACGACAAUGACGACGACGACAAUGACGACGACGACGACGUCGAUGAUGAUGCCUCCUUUGAAGGAAAUGAUGAAGCCAAUCCCUACCUAGAAGAUGACGUUGAUGGCGAGCGACCCGUCGAAGGAGAUGCUGAUGAUGAGAGAGCUGUCGAAGGCUAUUCAUGAUUAGUGACCAUGACUGUGACCUCAACUAAAGCAAGCAACCCCUACUGACUGGAGGAUGUGGUGUUGACUGUUGGCUUAUUUUGGUAGAUACUGCAUAUGCUAGCCAAUCUUUUGCUAAUGUAUUUUGUGCAUGUGAUGUGACAUGUAGGCAUGAUACAAUAUUUGCCACAGAUUAUAUGUAGGCAUGAUGCAUGCAUAUGGCAGACAUAUUUGCCUUUAGCUAUGCAUAUGGACUUGUGAUGAACUAAUGGAUGUAUGAUUUAUAUAUUGCUUCAACGAUCAUAUAAUCCAAUUUGGAUCUAUA